GAACGUUUGAUGCGCACAUUUGUUCCUGUACGGUCAGUUUUUUUCUAGGACGCGAAUGUAGGAAGGAAGUGGUGCCUCGGGUUCUGUGUUGUUUCGAAAAUGUCACGUCUGACAAAAACAGAGCGCCUUGGAUGUAGAGAGAUACUGAAGUUAAUGUCAAAAGAUGACAUACUUUCACUUUUCCAUACAGUGACGAAUAAGAUGAUAGCUGCGGAGAAUAUUAAAGAGGCUAGGAAAGCGAUUCUGUCUUUCACAAAAAAUGCCGAGGAAUUCCUGAAAAGGAAGAAGGUUCAUCGUGAUCUCAUUUUCAAGUAUCUGGCCAUGCAAGGGGUGGCCAUGCCUUCGAACAGCGAGAAACUCGAGCUGGUGAAGAAGACACUGGAGCUUUGGUCCUGUGGGAAGAAGGCAGUGGUUGAUGAAAGCCUGCCAGAAGAGACAAAUGCCAGCAGACCGAGAGGGCCCACAGAGACACCAUCUGGUUCCACAGACAUGAAGACUGAGGUGGGCUUUGACCCACUGCUCCUUGGCCAUCAGUUCUGCCAGUGGUUUUUCCAGCUCUUAAACAGUCAGAACCCCACGCUGGGCCAGCAGCCUCAGGACUGGGGACCACAGCAUUUCUGGCCAAAUGCGAAGCUAAGUCUCCUCUACAGAUCUGGCAGUGAACAGCUGGAUGAGCUCCUGGGUGCUGAGCUGUUGGUGCUGGUAGGUGUAGCCGGGACCAUUCACAGAGGCACAAUCUGGCUGGGCAUUUUUGAGCAAAUAUUUGGCCUCAUUCGCUCCCCACUGGAAGCUAACAGCUGGAAGAUCAAGUUUAUUAACCUGAAGAUCAGAGGGCAGGAUGCUGUGGGUGGGACAGAGGUGGCAGCGCCUGCCUUGACUUAUACCGCCAAGGAACUGCAGUUUCUCUGCAGUUGAUGACACUCUCUUUUACAUUGGGGAAGGUUUGGCUGGGCAUGCGUUCUGUUUACACAUCACUUCAGGGCAGGCUGUGGAAACUUUACCGGCUGCAUCUGUAUCUAACAAUGUAACACAAAGAUCUCACUCAACUUGAGUUCCUAUUCCUUUUUCUGCUUUCAAGAAAAUGAAUGCCUGCUUCUUCUUCUUGUGCAAACAUUUUGCUUUAAACAUACUGUACAAUGAUGCAAAGCAUUUUGUGCUUUCAUAGCUGCAUUUUAUAAGAUAAAAUGUAAAUACAGAGAUGGAUGUGAUCUUGUAAAUAUGUAGCAUAUCAAAAAUAAAGGUUAUAGUAACACUU